GCGCCCGGCGGGGGAUGUCCCGCAAACAGGCGGCCAAGGCCCGGCCGCCCGCCGGCGCCAAGAAGGGGCGGCGGAACCGGCAGCCCACCGCAGGACCCACUCCCGGCACCGGCUUGGGUCUCGCCGGGCAGCUCCGGGCUCUCGGUCUCAAGCUGCGGGAGGUACCGGGCGAUGGCAAUUGUUUGUUCCGGGCGCUGGGGGACCAGCUGGAGGGGCACUCGCGGAACCACCUCAGACAUCGCCAGGAAACAGUGGAUUACAUGAUAAAACAGCGAGAGGAUUUUGAGCCUUUUGUGGAGGAUGAUGUGCCCUUUGAGAAACACGUUACCAACUUGGCAAAGCCUGGUACCUUUGCUGGCAAUGAUGCUAUUGUGGCCUUUGCGAGGAACAAUCAGUUGAAUGUGGUGAUUCAUCAGCUUAAUGCUCUGCUGUGGCAGAUUCGGGGCACAGACAAAAACAACGUGAGGGAACUUCACAUCGCGUAUCGUUACGGAGAGCACUACGACAGCGUGAGGAGAAUCAAUGAUGAUUCUGAAGCUCCAGCCUAUCUUCAGAUGGAGAUGCUUUGCAAAAAUGAUUUGAAUAAGGAGGAGGAAGUGAAGCUGCAGAAGGGUGACUCUGAAGAUGAGAUUGAAGAUGAAAUGGAAGAUGCUGUACGAAAAGUGUGUAAUGCAACUGGAUGCUCAGACAUUGAUUUAGUAAGCCGGAUUCUGGAAGUGGAAGACUACAACAUAGAAUCUGCAAUAUUUGCUGUCUUUCAAGCGAUUGAAGUGGAAAGAAUCAGUACCGAGGAGCAGUGCGAUCCCCAGAGCAGAGAUGAGAAAUGGUGUAGCAGAACUCCGCAGGAAGAAAAUGGAACUGGUUCAAGAAUCUGUGGAAAUCAGAGCUUGGAUCAAGAUGAGAUAGACAACAACAAAGGACAAGCUAGAUCCAAUGAAGAGAAUCGAGCUAGCAGAAGCACAAAGGUGUCUAAAAAGCAAAAGAAGGAACAGCAGCGGCUGGAGAAGAAGAAGCGGCAGGAAGAAAGGCACCGACAGAAGGUCUUGGCCAACAAGAGUGACAGUGCAGACAGCAGGGGGAGAGAGACGGACUCAAACAACCACAUCACCUUGGUGAAGGCCACGGCAGCUCUAAACAUAUGACUGAACGUGUUCUGAGUGCUCUGGUGAGGAAAGCAAAUAAAACUGAUGAAGACCAAAUUCCCCUUACGCGAAUUUCCAAGCAUCCAUUUCUGCGGAGAUCUCUAAGCACUCCCAAAAGUCCCGUUUCUUCAUCUUUGGGGCAAACAAUUAUUCAGUAAUUCUGCAUCAGCCUGUGCGUGAGAAGAGUUGCUUGAACUUAACAAAAAGUAGAGACUUGUUUGUGUAAGUUUGGAGUUAGAUGAAGGUGAGAACCUUUUCUUCACACGGCAGUGUCAGAUCUGCUUUGAGAUCUCUUGACAUGCUGAGAUUAUUUUAUUUUCUUAUAGCAACUUUUAACUUGUCUGUGCUUGGAGGGGCUUUAUUUUGCCUCACUGUCAGGGAAAGCUCAACAGUUCUCAACUCAGGAACACGGUUUUGUUUUUUUUUUUUUCUCUUUAAAUUAAAGUAAGGCAACACAAUCCCAGAAUCCUUUCCAGAGCGAGGUGCAUCAAACAUGAUGCUCCUCCUUUCUUUCCCAUGCAGGAGCUCAGUGACCAGUUUUAAUCUCACUGGAACUGUUUGUGUUGCACUGGGCUGUUUCAGAAGGGAUUAAUACAUGAAGGGAGAACAGAAUUCCUGCGUUCACACUUGCUUCUUGCUUAAGUGUGAGAUCAGCUCGCUUGCUACCUGUUGAGACCUUUAAAGAAAAAGAAAUGAUAAUGACUCAUGAGACCCCAGAGCUGAUUAAUCUGAUCUGGUGGGAUCUAAUGAAGUAGUAAAAUGUGACAUGAGCAGGCGUGAGACUUGUGUUGAGUGUUGUUACUUGGACAUCUGGAAUUUUAUCUCCUUUGCCAAACUCUGAAGCUUUUGGGCUAUUCCAGAGCUUUAGUCCAAGCCAGGAACUUGGUAGUUGUUUGUCUCCAAAUGAAAUUAAUAUAGUCAAGGGAUCAAGAGUCCUGGGAACAAGCUUCCAAGUAGCAGUGAUCACUAGGAACCCUGCCUACUUCACUCUUCAUAAAUAAAGCUUUUUCCAAGGUAGGAUUUUUUCAUCUUAAAUUCCUCUUUGGUAGGGUCACUGAGUACCGUAGAACAUACAGCUUGAAUCCUGUGGUGCUUCCCACUGUAGGAUGGUGAAUUUGGACUGAAGUGUAAGGACUGUGGGACUUGGCCCUCGAUUUAUGGCUUGCAGUAUUUCAGCUUCACUCAGGUUUUUGGACCUGAGUCCAAAACCACUAAGCUUGAAGAAAGCACAUGUGCACUUAGACACACAAUAGAUAACGGGAGACACCUCAUCAGCCACAGCAGACACAAAAUAGAUUUGUUUGAAAGUAAGGAAUGUUGCUUUUGAAAAAAUUCUGUGCGUUUUUUAAAGCUGAGCACAGAAGUAUAAAUGCCUCUUUUGACUGAACUGCCAAGAUCUGAGCUAGUAUUUCUUCAUAUGCUCUGCUACCGUUUAUCAAGUGCAUUGAAAGAAUAAAAAGAAAGGAGUUCUGCUUUAAGUACUGGUGGUGCAGGAGAACAGGCUUCAGUGCUGCAGAAGAAGUUAUUUUGGUUCCUGUAAUGAGCUUGGUGGAAAUAAAAAGUAAUACAAAGCAGCUGUUAUGCUUUGUGGUGGGACAUAGUGUCCAGCAAGGGAAGCAGCACAUUAAGUGCCAGCAGCAGACACGAGUAACCGCUGUAGAGGGAAGUCUUGAGUGGUACUUCCUAGGUAGGAAGAGCAUGAAUGAGCCUUGAAUUCACAGUACUGUCCUUAAAGUGAAAAAUGACUGGUAAAAUUCAUUUUAUGCCAGCUUUAGCCUGUUGUCUGCAAUGUUACGUCCUGGGACUCUUCUCCACCCUGUCACUUUUACAUUAGUGGAAAGAAUGGCAAAUCAGAGCUUAAUUGUGAGAAAGUGUUAGUCACUUCAUGUGUGUGAUGAGUUGAAGAGAGUGGGCACAGCAAAGUGGUUCAGGUAAACGUGUCACCUCUGGCUUGCCCAGCUGUGUUUGGAUUCAAAAGCUUGGGUGGGUUCUGCAGGUUUGAAAAGAUAGUGAGAAUUUGCAGUUGUUUGAUGUUAAUGAGGUGCUCGUUUGUCUUCCUGAGCCAGAGCUGAUACGAGGACUGUUGUUGCUUCAAGCCUGGGGAGCUGUGAAGGGAGUUGUCCUGUGUCCAGCUGAGCUUCUCCCGUAGGUGUGAAGGGCCCUGCAAAGCAGAACCUCAUCCAUGGCCAGGACAAAGGGGCAGCCCUGCAACACAGCAGCAGAGAGAGACUGACCUUCAGCUCACGGCUUCUGAUUCCUAUAACCAAGCAUGGGGCUGGAAAUGCUUGCAUUUCCAACUGUAAUACAAUUAAAACAAACUGUUAAAGUGCUGGGCCCCUAAGUCUUGUUACACCCAUCAAAUUCUCUUCAUUUUUGCCAGGAUGGCUUUGUUACCUGCAAAAACAUCUUGUAUCCAAAGAUGUUAAAACUUUAAUUUUGUCUGUUGUAGGUUUUUCUUUUGGCUAUUGACAUUUCCACCUGCCCUUACUGUGUGUGUUUUUCCUAGGGAGUUCUUGCGCCACUUUCCUCAGGGAACUCGCUUCUAUGCAGAGCAUUUGCUUUGUAAACAGGCGGUGGAUUUUCCUUUCAGCAGGCGAGAAGCAAGAGCAGAGAAACACCAUGAUUCAUAGCUGAUGUUUACUCUUUGGUGGAGCUAGCUGUGCUUCACAACAUGCCGUCAUAGGACAACAGGCGCCGCGCGUUCCCCUGGUAUUUGAGGAGGAUUUACUGUUUGUUACAAGCUGGAGGGUCAGCCUUUCCAAGGUGAGGACACAGCAGGACAACAUAGAAAGCCACUUUUCCUGCAUCCUGUCUACCACCAUCAUCAUCCUCAGCCUUAUUUUUUCCAAAUCCUGCCCCUGCAGGUUCUGUCUGCUGUCCCUGAGCGUGGCUUGGCCUUACAGGAGGGAUUUUCUGCUUGUGCUGCUCCGUUUUCUGGUCUACCCUGUUCCUUCUUGUUUAUUUAACAACAGCUUCACCUCAUCUGCGGUGCCUGAAGGACACAAAUCACGUCGUCUGUGGUAUCCACAUCUGUGGUGCUCAUGGAUUCCUCUUCUCUUGGAGUUUGUUGAAACUACAGGAGAGUUUUCCUUUCCCCCUCCGGACUCUCAGCAGGGCACCUGCUUCUGCUACCAAACCAAACCUCUGGUUUUUUUGCAAUUCUGAGUGCAAUAAAGGUGGCAAAGAUGUGCCAGCUGA